GUUGUUAACCGACAAGACGCGAGUUUACAUGAAGAGGCGGAAGUCUGUAAUGAUACCAGGAAAUGGAUGACAUCAAUCUUCACUAUCGCUUCCUAAGCUGGAGGAGGCGAAUCAGAGAAAUACGUGAGGUGCGGGCCAUACGACAUCGAGAGCGCGUCAAAAGAAUGCUGCGGGACGGGGACAUCCUCAGGUAUCAAGGGAACUCGGAUGAAGUUGGCUGCUAUGUGGCCCCCAGACCUUUAUCAAAAGGAAACCGCUAUUUUGAAGUAACAAUCAUUGACACCGGAGUGAGGGGGAUGAUUGCUGUGGGCCUGGUGCCUCAGUUCUACAAACUGGACCACCAACCAGGCUGGCUGCCACAUUCUGUGGCUUAUCAUGCUGAUGAUGGCAAGCUUUACAACGGCAACAUCAGUGGGCAGCAGUUUGGGCCAAAAUGUAACCGAGGGGAUACAAUUGGCUGUGGAUUAUACCUUGAUUCUUUCGACGAUGGACAGAUAACUGUGUUUUUCACCAAGAAUGGCAAAGAAGUUGGCAUUGUGAAAAUCCCAGGCUCCCCUGAGGCUCUGUACCCCGCUGUGGGAAUGCACUCGCUGGGGGAGGAGGUGCAGCUGGACCUGCGGGCAGAGUGGGGUAUGGAGGAUGAAGAGGGACUGAUGAUAGUGGACAGCCAUGAAGAUGACUGGGGCCGUCUUCAUGACGUCAAGGUGACGGGCAUGCUGCUGGAGUAUGUGGGGAAAGGGAAGAGCAUUGUGGAUGUGGGCCUUGCCCAAGCCCGCCAGCCUCUUAGCACACGCCACCAUUACUACGAGCUGGAGAUCACCAGCGCAGGGGAGAAGUGCUACAUCGCCCUCGGGCUGGCACGCAGGAACUACCCCAAAAACAGACACCCUGGCUGGAGCCGAGGGUCUAUUGCCUACCAUGCAGACGAUGGGAAAAUGUUCCAAGGCAGUGGGGUGGGAGACCCCUUUGGGCCACGGUGCUUUGAGGGAGAUAUUAUUGGCUGUGGCAUUAUGUUCCCACGUGACUACCUCCUGGAUGGUGGAGACGACACAGACGAUCACGACCCGGAUGCCUUGCCCAAGCAGAGUCAGGUACAGAAUGACCUGUAUGCAAAUAACGAGGAGGAGGAUGGAGAGGACUUGGAGGGGAGGAAGGUUAUGGUGUUCUUCACCCGCAAUGGGAAGGUAGUGGGCCGCAGGGAGGCAGCCUUACCACCGGGGGGAUUCUUCCCCACCAUCGGCAUGAUGAGCACAGGGGAGAAGGUCAGAGUUGAUCUGCACCCCCUCAGCGGCUAACCAAGGUGGAGGUGAUGACGAGAGGUGUCGGGGAACUUGGAGUAUGUAGAGGAGCACGUAGAGGACUGUUAAGGAAAGAACUUGGCUUGUAAACACUGGAAGGUGAUUGAUUAGGUGGAACUACGGUCUGUUAUACCCCUCUACAGCUCCUGGCUGCACCCUGUUACUUGAACAGUCCCCUUGGUGUGGUUUACAACAGCUGUCUCGCUCUCGUGAUGGGUAAACCACGUCAUGAGAAGAUGACGUGAAGAAGAGCGUGGUCGGGUGCCAACGUUGCCACAAGAAGUUGCUUAUUGUGAAAUGGUUCCAGAGGAACUUGUUGGGACAAGUGAUGGGUCUUGAAGGGCUACACCACUGUUUUUGACAUUCUGGAUCAUAGAUUAAAAGAACGCUGGUUUAUUGUCCACAACACUGAAGAAUAGUCCCAGUCUACAACCCCCCCCCCCCGAAACAAUUACCCUCAGU